AUGCUCAGACGUGCAGUCUUGCCUCUCGUGAGGCCUCGACCAGUCCGACCGCUGCUGGUUCGAGAGGCGAUCCCCCAGGCUCCAUUGCGAUAUUACCGGCGAGAUCAAGGCGUUCGAGGUGAUGACUGCAAGAUUCCCAGUACAACCAAGAACUCCAACGGAGAUACACCUUCACCAUCCACGCAGCCAAAAGAACCUCUACGCCGAGUCCCUUUUCCUCUCUCUGCGGAGCCCUCGAAAAAUGACCAACCGUCGGCAUCGGAGUCUUUUGGCGUCGAUCCCACUCGAGACAUUGACGAAGUCUCUGAAUCAGUAUCCCAAUCGAGUAGAACUUUUAUGGGGGAAAAAGACAAGCAACGAAAAGUCCCCGAAAACACUGAGCCUGAGCCUGAACCGGAAGAGCCAGAAAGUCAACCCCGACAGCCGCUCCCGGAUCUUACACAAGGCAUUCCAUCAACACUAGAUGCGGAACUCAAACAAGCCCGAGCAAAACAAUCCUCAUCCCCGUCAAGCCUAAACAUCACCGAAGACCCAUCGGAAGAGCUGCCAAGCGGAGCAGGACGUGGGCGUGGUGGCGAUGAUAUUCCUCGGCAAGAGUACAUCUCCUCCAGCGACCGGAAAAGGGACGCGGUUUUCAGAUACAUGUAUAUCGUGAUGGGACUGAGUCUAGUAGGCUCCACCGUCUAUCUUGGACGGAACUGGGAAAAUGAAGAGGAGGAGAAAGCACACGCGGAUACGCCGUCCGGUUGGGGAAUCGGACUGUUUUAUAAUCGGCUCAAGACUCGGAUCGGGUCGAUGAUGAGCUAUUAUCGAGACCCUGUGACGACCAAACUGUUACCUGACGAAGAUCCUGAUCCGAACCUCCGCUUCCCCUUUACGCUUGUCAUCAGCCUUGAGGAUAUGUUGAUUCAUUCGGAGUGGACCCGCGAGAAAGGAUGGCGAAUCGCCAAACGACCUGGGGUGGAUUAUUUCUUGCGGUACCUUGGGGCCUACUACGAGAUUGUCUUGUUCACCAGUCAACCGAUGACUAUGGCGGAGCAAGUGUUGCGGAAGCUCGACCCUUACCAGACUAUUCGGUGGCCGCUGUUCCGUGAAGCCACGCUGUAUAAGGACGGCGGCUACAUCAAGGAUCUCUCGUACCUUAAUCGAGACCUGAAAAGGGUGUUGAUCAUGGACACUGACCCACACCACGUCAAGCAUCAACCGGAAAAUGCGAUUGUUCUGCCUAAGUGGACUGGCGACGUCAACGACCAGACUUUAGUUCAAUUCAUUCCCUUUUUGGAAUACCUGGCCACCAUGGGAUUUGAAGAUGUAAGAGAAGUGUUGAAGUCGUUCGAGGGAACUUAUAUCCCGGCGGAAUUCGAUCGACGAAUAAAGCUCCUGCGGCAGAAGUUUGAAGCACAGGAAGCGGAAAAGCGGAAAGGGCGACCGAAGAAAACUGUGCCAGGUCUCACAUCGAUGUUGGGAUUGAAGUCACAAGAUUCCGAUGAAUCAAUGGGAGAAGGGAAGAUGCUUUGGGAUCAGAUCCGAGAACGCGGACAGAAACAGUACAUGGAAUUUGAGAAGAAGAUCAAGGAAGAGGGGGAGAAAUGGCUGGCUGAAAAAGAGGCCGAGGAGAAAAGAUUCCAGGAAGAAGCAAUGAAAAAUAUGAGGCUGGGUGGAUGGUUCUCUGGCAUUUUUGGCGGCAGGAACAAAGAAGAGGAGAAGAAGAAGUGA